AUGCCAGUAGCCCUAGGCGAGGUGCUUUUAUUCAUGAUUGGGAUAGUUUGUCUUAGAGAAGGAAACUCCGUGCCACUGAGUCUACAAAAAGAUUCUAGGUGUGGACAGAAGCCACAUGAAAUGAAGCCAUGGAAUAAUUUCAACCACCUCACUCGCAUUGUUGGUGGGAACCAGGUGAAACAAGGCUCGCAUCCGUGGCAGGUUUCCUUGAAACGAUGGCAAAGGCAUUUCUGUGGAGGCACCAUUGUUUCUGCUCAAUGGGUGGUCACGGCAGCUCACUGUGUUUUAGACAGACACUUACGCGAUUACCUGAACAUCACUGCCGGAGAACAUGAUUUAAGUCUCGUGGAUGAAGGAGAGCAGACACUACCAGUUAAAGCCAUCAUUAAACACCCAAAUUUCAACCCCAAAAGACCAAUGAAUUAUGAUAUUGCCCUUGUGAAGCUGGAUGGUGCUUUCAACUUUAGUUCAUCAGUUUUGCCAGCCUGCCUUCCUGAUGUGGGUGAAAAGUUUGAUCCAGGAGAUGUUUGUACCACUUGUGGUUGGGGCCGUCUAAAAGAGAAUGGAAUCCUCCCUCAGGUCUUGCAUGAAGUAGACUUGCCAAUCAUAGGCCACAAGGAAUGUUCUAGAGCUUUGUCAACCUUACGGAAUCCGAUCCGAGGAGACACUUUAAUGUGUGCUGGAUUUCCAGAUGGAGGAAAGGAUGCAUGCCAGGGUGAUUCUGGAGGCCCUCUUUUGUGUAGGCGUAAGCAUGGUGCCUGGACUCUAGCUGGGGUGACCUCCUGGGGUAUGGGAUGUGCUCGGAGCUGGAAUGAUAACAUGAGGAAAAAGUAUGAUCAGAGAGGAUCGCCUGGGGUUUUCACAGAUCUCCGUAAGGUGCUCUCCUGGAUUCAAGAAAACGUCAAUACUGAUUUGAAAAUGAAAAGUUCUGUAGCAUCAUGUAGCACCCAGGAUGGUAAACUCCCCAGCAAUGAAGGUGAAUUACAUUUCCCAGAAAGUCCCAAACAUUUCUAUCAAAACAACCAGUUGUGUGUGUGGACUCUGCUGGUCCCAGAAGGAAUGCAUAUACUACUUAAUUUCUCCCACUUUGAUGUGGAGUCAGACACGUUCUGUGACUAUGAUUCUUUGUCAGUGUAUUCGAAAGAUGACAGACUUGUUGGGAGAUUCUGUGGGGUUGACUCUCCACUACCCAUUUUGGUCGGCUCCAAUGGUAUAAAGCUGAAAUUUGUCUCUGAUAACAAGGCAUCUGGAACUGGAUUUUCAAUGGGGUACAGAGCUCUUUCACCAGAUGCUCUUCCUGAUUCUGGCUGCGGGUCCUUAGCUGUCCUCUUCGAAGGAGGAGUGAUACAAAGUAUGAACUAUCCUGAACCCUACAACAAUCUGGCAGACUGUCACUGGAUUAUUCAUGCUCCAGAGAACCAUGUAAUCAAGCUUACAUAUGAGUAUUUUGAAAUAGAGGAAAAUGAAGACUGCUCCUAUGACUCUGUAACAGCGUAUGAGGAUGUAACAAAAGAGGAAGAAAUAGCUAGGUCUUGUGGGUUUGCUGUCCCAGCGCCUGUUUUGAGCACCUCUAGCAUGAUGCUGAUCAUCUUUCAUUCAGAUGAAACCGAGACCUUUGGGGGAUUCCGAGCCACAUUCUCCUUCAUUCAUGUAGCAGAUUUAAAUAUAUCAGAUUUGAACAAUGAAGCAGCACUUCCUGAGGGUCUAAAUACCACCACAGAAAUUCCAGAUGACAUCUGUGGAGUGCCUUCAAAUCAGCCCAGGUUUCUCUUCAGUAGGAUAAUGGGUGGUGAGGAAGCUGUCCCCUACUCAUGGCCUUGGCAGGUCAGCAUACAGAUUUCAGCUGAGCACAUCUGUGGAGGAGCAGCUCUUACCAAAGAGUGGGUUGUCACAGCUGCUCACUGCUUUAAUUAUAAGGAACAGUACAGAGAUUUAUGGAUGGUGGUUGCUGGACUCCAUGAUAUUACAGAGCUAGAGCACAGUCAGAGAAGAUCAGUGAAGCAGUACAUUAUUCAUCAAGAUUUUAACGAGAUCACUAUGGAUUCCGAUAUUGCAUUAUUGCAAUUGACUGAGCCCCUGGAGUUUAAUCACUACGUGCGUCCAGUGUGCCUGCCUGAGAAGGAUGAGGUGGUUCAGCCUUCUAGGGUGUGCACCACCACAGGGUGGGGUACUCAUAAUGAAGACAGAGAAAAAUCCAAUAAACUUCAGCAGCUGGAAGUCCCAAUCCUAGUCUCUGAGACAUGUCAGAACUACUAUGUAAACUAUCCUGGCAAGGUGACUCAGAGGAUGCUCUGUGCUGGAUUCCCUCUGGAGGAGGGAAAGGACUCGUGCACAGGUGACUCAGGUGGACCGUUAGUUUGUCCUUCAGAAGAUUCAGGAUUUUACACUCUGAGUGGACUAAUAAGCUGGGGCUUCGGUUGUGGAAGAAAAAACUACCCAGGAGUAUAUACAAAUGUUGCUGUUUUCAUUGACUGGAUCAAUCACUAUAUUAAUACUGGCAAGGCACAAGGAUUUCCAAACUACUCAAACUUUCAAGACAACAUCUAAAUUCAGUGAAGAUCUGGUACCUCGCAUCAUCUGCACCAGCAGUUCUGCCUUCACAAUGAAAUUCGCCAUGAGCUCUAGCGACCUUACUUCUGUGGCUUCUGGGUGGCUUACAGUUUUCCAAGUAAAGAUUAAAAUUCUUUUGAAUGUGGCUUUUGGACAUUAAGCUCCUCAUUUUGUAUUUAGAAAACUCAGUGGAUCUGUAAGAUAAGGGAUGCGUUUCAUGGGCACAUAUUCAUUUUAAUCCCUUGCAUCUUUUUAAUAAUAUCAACAUCCUGUAAAUUUAGCAGAGUUUUGUUUUGUUUUGUUUUGUUUUUUGGUACAUUUUACUGGGUCUGAUUUGCCUUUAACUCGUUUACACCAAUUUAACUCCACUGAUUGCGAUGACUCUCAUCAGUUUAAGUGAAAGGAGAAUCAGGUCCAUUGUGUCUGGCUUUGAAACUACACUUUAUGAAUUGUUGAUAGAGGGCUUGAAAUCAGUCAUUUUCAUCUAUUAGUGUCUGUUAGGCUGCCCUCUUUAGUAGUGACUUAGUCAGAAAUGGAUGUGUUGACUGGAAGGACUGAGAAAGGACUGUAAGAUUUGGCUCAAUAUUUUUAUAUGUAAUAUCUGACCAUAUAAU